UUCGGACGAUAUGAAGUACUGUAUAUAACUCCAUCUCUUCUUCUGUUGGUGGUGUUCGAUCUCGUCCAAUCGACAACAUUAAUGUGAACACAACUGUUUGUAUAUCGAAGUUCAGAAAAAAACAAAAUGGGUCACCAGUCUCAGCUCCACCAUCCCACCACCGAUGGAGUUUCUCAGCGUGUCAAUAGCCCUCGAUUCUCGGGCCCAAUGACUCGCCGGGCACACUCUUUCAAAAGAAACCCAAACAGUACCCACAACAACGGUAACAAUAGCACUCACAACAACGCGACUAAUAGCAUCAGCAGCAACACUACUGCUGCCAGUUUUAAUUCUAACCAUGAGAUUGACCCCCAACUGGUUUCACCAUCUGAAAAUUUUGUUUGUAUUGAUGGGUUUGAGAGGCAGAGCAUACACGGGACUCAGAGAGUACAUGGGAGUGUGGUGAAGAGUUUUCUGAAGAAGCCCAUUGGAUCUGUUGUGGUGGGUUUGGGGUUGAGGGAGAACAAGAAGUUUGGGCACUGGAUGUUCUUGUUGUUUUGUGGGAUGUGCUUGUUUAUGGGUGUUUUGAAGAUUUGUGCUACUGGGUGGUUUGGAUCUGCCCUUGAAAAAGCAAGUUCCAACCAGGACUCCUCUGUUUCCGUAACUCGGGUAACUUUGAUGGAACAAAGCUCUCACGCAUAUGAAUAUGUAGAUGGAGCACAUGAUGUUGAACAGACUCCAAUGGUGGUAGCAUCUAGCGUAGUCAAUAGCCAGAAUGACAUGGCCGAAUACUCAGGUAUCUGGUCCAAACCCAGGAGCGAUUUCACUCGGUGCAUUCACAAGCCAAGAAGUAACAAAAAGCUAGAUGCAAAAACAAAUGGCUACAUUAUCAUAAAUGCUAACGGUGGCUUGAACCAGAUGAGAUUUGGGAUUUGCGACAUGGUUGCUGUGGCUAAGAUUCUGAAGGCAACACUUGUCCUUCCUUCCCUUGAUCAUACCUCAUACUGGGCCGACAAUAGUGGCUUUAAGGAUCUAUUUGAUUGGCACCACUUCAUUGAAACUCUGAAGAAUGAUAUCCAUGUAGUAGAAAAAUUACCUCCUGCUUAUGCUGAAAUCGAACCUUUCAACAUAACACCAAUAUCUUGGUCUAAGGUUAGUUAUUAUAAGACACAGAUCAAGCCAUUACUGAAGCAGCAUAAAGUAAUCCACUUCACACAUACUGAUUCGCGGCUUGCCAACAAUGACCUCCCACCUUCCAUACAAAAGUUGAGGUGCCGCGUAAAUUACGAGGCACUAAAAUACUCAGUUCCAAUAGAAGAACUUGGAAACACCUUAGUUGCGAGAAUGCGAGAGAAUGGAAGCCCAUAUAUUGCUCUCCAUCUAAGGUACGAGAAAGAUAUGCUUUCAUUUACAGGCUGCGAUCAUAGUUUGAAUGCUGAAGAAGAUGAAGAGUUACGCAAGAUGCGGUAUGAAGUCAGCCACUGGAAAGAGAAAGAUAUAAAUGGGACAGAGAGAAGGUUGCUUGGUGGCUGUCCAUUGACACCCAGAGAAACAGCCCUUCUGCUCAAGGGAAUGGGCUUCCCAUCCAAUACCAGGAUUUACUUGGUGGCUGGAGAAGCUUUUGGAGAAGGAAGUAUGAAAUAUCUUAACGACGAGUUCCCCAAUAUCUUCUCGCAUUCCAGUCUAUCUACAGAAGAGGAUCUGAAUCCUUUCAGAAAUCACCAAAACAUGUUGGCUGGAAUAGACUACGUCGUUGCUCUUCAGAGCGACGUUUUUGUUUAUACUUAUGAUGGAAACAUGGCAAAGGCAGUUCAAGGUCAUAGGCGGUUUGAGGACUUCAAGAAAACGAUCAAUCCAGACAAGAUGAACUUUGUAAAACUUGUCGAUGAGUACGAUGAAGGAAAAAUAUCAUGGAAUAAGUUCAGCUCCGAAGUAAAAAAGAUUCAUGAAGAUCGAGUCGGAGCUCCGUAUCUAAGAGAAUCUGGAGAGUUUCCGAAGCUAGAGGAGAGUUUCUAUGCAAACCCCCUUCCAGGAUGUAUAUGUGAUUUGAGAAAGGAAAGGUAGGUAGAUGUUAAACUGACAGUUUCGCCUUGUUAUUUUGUGGGCUGGGCAUGGCUGCCUGCAAUGGAAUGGCAUGCUGUGGCUUCGGUCGAAUUGCUUGUGAAAGAAACUCCCCCAGAUUCACAAAAUAACAACGCGAACCAUUGAAUAAUUAAUAGCUAUACAAGGCACUUACUAUAGCAUUGAAUUGUACUACUUUGAUGUCAAUAAUGCAAAAAUAUUUUUUUCAGAAGGCA